AUGGCAGCGCAGCCGAUCAAUGCAGCGUUCGAUCAACCGCCACCUUCCGACGCUGAGAAAAGACGUAUUCGCGAUUUGUCUAGGUAUUACUGCGCCUUUCGUCGACCGUCCGCCUCUUCCGAUGAUACUCUAUCGCCAAUUGAAGACGACGAACAGCCCGAGGGCCCCUCGCUUUCGAAAGACAUAGUCUUAACCGCCUUGGUGCAGCUAGGCGUCUAUCGCUUCAGUUGCAAUCGAGCAUUCGUCUCCUUGAUCGAUGGCCAGAACCAGCAUAUAAUAUCGGAAGCUACGGCUUCCGUAUCUUUACGCAACAGCAAUAUACAUCUCCCCAACGAUGGCAUAUAUCUUGGGGUUACUACCCUGGAUCUGAUCUUUGGCGUUUGCCCUCAUGCGAUGAAAUUAUUUACCGGUCAGGAUGUACCACAAUUGCAGAAUACCGAUAAUAUGACCGCAAAUCCAACCCGUUUUAUUGUUCGUGACUUUAAAAAGGAGGAGGGUUUCAAGGACAAACCAUAUGUCACCGAGUGGCCCUAUUUUCGAUUUUAUGCAGAAGUCCCAGUAUAUAGUCCUGCGGGGUACGUACUUGGAAGCUUCUGUGUGGUUGACGAUAAGCCACGACAAGAUUUUGUGGAGGCCGAGGUCACAGCACUUCAAGAGAUAUCCGAUUCGAUUGCCCGUCAUCUUGAGAAUGUUAGAACAGUGCAUUCACACGCGCGAUCGGAUCGAUUGGUUCAAGGUUUGACCAGUUUUGUCAAAGGUCGACCAGAAAAUGCUCAGCCAUCUACAACAAGCAUACAAGCGGGGUUUGGUCGGCUAGAAAUUCUGCCCACUCUUUCCAAACAGUCAUCUGUAGAGGAGCUACAUGUUUCUCCACUGAAUAUCGAAGCCUUGUCUCUAUCGAGCACAUUGACCGAUACGACUUCACCACUCCAAUCAACGCAAGAUUCUGCAACAGUCACAAGAAGCACAUCUCUAUCUUUUCCGCCACCGAAACCCGCUACAUACCAGCCCUUACUUGAGAGCUUUGCCGAAGACCAGCCACGCAAAAUUUUAUCCAUGGACGAACACGCUUCCGCGGAAACAAUGACACCAGGUGCAUCUCUUAUUACCGUCAAGGAGAGUGUGCCCAUAUCGCGACGAGUGGAUGCCUUGUUUUCUCAUGCGAGUUCUUUGCUGAGGGAAUCUAUGGAUUUGGAUGGUGUGUUAUUCUUAGACGCUUGCCGCUGUAAUUUCGGAAUCGGGCCAUCGGCGGAAUUAAGUGACUGGGAGCCAUUUCCGUCGGCUGUGAACGUGGAACUCAUACCUCGUUCCUCAAAUAGUCCUACUGAGAAUAAUAGCGAUGCACUUUGCACAGUUCUUGGCUCAGCAUCAACAGACAUUUCCCAAGGAAUUGCCUCAAAUGACACUUCGCCGGUCUCGAUAACCGAAGCCUUUCUUCAACAUUUGAUCACAAGUUAUCCUGAAGGUGAAGUAUUUGAUCUAGACGGGGUCGUACCCUCACACAAAGAUUCAACACCACAACCGCUCGAGAGUAAAUCUCGUAUACGACCAUUCAGAAAUAGCGAAAAAUCAUCUCAAAGCAAGCGCGAUGCACUUCAGGUAACAGUAUCACGCUUGGCAAGUUACUUUCCCGACGCAAAGACUGUGGUAUUUAUACCACUAUGGGAUUGGAAUAAAGGCCAUUGGCUGGCGGGAACACUGAUCUGGAGUCGAGACAGCGAACGUCCUCUUGAACUACAAGAAUUUCGCUAUUUUAAGGUGUUUGGAGACACGAUCAUCUCGGAGAUUGCAAAAGCAAAGUCUUUCGAGCUUGAAAACUCAAAGUCUGAUUUCAUUUCCUCCAUCAGUCACGAGCUACGAUCACCAUUGCAUGGCAUGUUAGCGAGUGCCGAGUUGUUGCUGGAGACUGCUCUGAAACCCGAUCAACUUGACCUGGUAAAGAUGCUUGAAACGUGUGGUCUGACUCUUUUAGAUACGAUGAACCAUCUUUUGGACUUCACUAAGAUCAAUAAUCUCGUGAGCAUUGAGGAUAACGCAUCCUCCUUCCAUGAUACCUCCUCCACUCUCGCAACCGUUUUCGAUCUUGAUGUGCUGUUGGAAGAGGUUGUGGGAGCUCUUUAUGCUGGAAAGCUACACGUUUCACGUUACGCGGGUACUGCAGCCGACUCAGAGAGACAGAAGAUCAAAGAAGAAUUGGGUAAUAUGUCUGUCGUUCUUCGUGUGACGGAUCAGGACAAUUGGAAGAUGCGAUCUAUCUCAGGUGCUUGGAGACGAAUAAUCAUGAGCAUCCUCGGCAACGCACUCAAGUACACACAGGCAGGUUUCGUCGAGGUCUCGUUAUGCAAAUACACAAAGGAGCCAGAAAUAUCCGCACCGGAGUUUGCUCACUUGUCAAUAACUGAUACAGGAUGCGGCAUGUCGGCCGACUUUCUAAAAAACAAUCUUUUUUCUCCUUUUGCGCAGGAAGAUACGCUCUCUGAAGGAGUCGGGCUAGGUAUGAGCAUUGUACAGCAACUUGUAGGUCUCAUGAAAGGAACGAUUGAUAUCAAGAGCGAACCUGGAACUGGUACUCAGGUGGAUAUUUUCAUACCCAUCUCGUCAAUCCCACAGUCAUCACCUCCGCUCUCGCAGAUACCAACUUCAUGCAAAACGCAAUUUUGCCUCAUUGGAUUUGACGGCUAUUCGGAUUUAACGGAAGUGCCGACCGGUAGUUUGAGUCGCGAGGCAAAACGGAGACUCUGCAUACAAAGUUUUCUCACCCAGAUUAUUACACAGCAUCCUGAUUGGAGUGUUGGCUUUGCUGGGACUUCUGGAAACGCCAUCGGUGAUGUCGCCAUUAUCGAAGAAACAACACUCGAGCAUAUGGCCGCUGAUGAGUCGUCGCAAUCGGCAAACUCAAUCAACUUUAGUCGGUUGUUGAUACUGCGUAAUGGAUUGCCAUCGUCAGAUGUUAUGAAUUUGGCCAACAUUAAAGCAGAUGUCGUUCGUACAAUACAUCCACCUUUCUGUCCUCGGAAAAUGAUGGAUGCUUUGAAGUGCAUUUUAAAUACCAAGAGCGCACCGACAUCGCCAGCAAAGGAUACUUUGACAAUCGAGGAUAUCCCACCAGCGGGCAUUGUGGCCAAGUCAAUCGUAGCGGCAGACUCUACAAAGGUGCCAUCAAACCAGACCCGACAAUCGAUACCGACUUUAGACGUUAUAACUCCGGUGACAGAACCCCAAAAAGUUUUGGAAAACAAUCAGAGACUUCACGUAUUGAUUGUGGAUGAUAACGAUAUCAAUCUCAAGGUCCUCUCGACGUUUGUUCGGAAAUUAGGUCACAGUUAUGAAACUGCAUCGAAUGGCUUGAUUGCUUUGAACAAGUACAAGGAAAGCACAACGCCGUUCGACCUUGUGUUAAUGGAUAUCUCCAUGCCUGUGAUGGAUGGUCUAGUUGCGACAAGUCAAAUAAGAACAUUUGAAAAGCAACAGACACUGGCACCCGUUACAGUCCUCGCAGUCACUGGCGUUGCGUCAGCUAGUAUGCAACAGCAGGCCGUCGCGGCAGGAAUCGACAAUUAUUUGAUCAAACCACUUUCGCUACAACAACUCAAACUAGCUAUAGCGAAGUAUACAUAG